GUUGAAGAGGCAGAGGCCAUCAGUAUGAAGGGUGUGCAGCUGAGUGCUGAACAGCUGCGCUGCAUAGAAACUGCAUCUGCGCUGGCGUUGACGAGUGGCGGCGUGUGUGAAACUGAUGAGGCGGAUCAGGAGGACCAAGAGGCUGUCGACGCUGACUACGACCGGUGAGGCCACAGGCGACAAAGAUUCAUAUGCACUGGUUGUCAGACUGCCUGCACUGCCCCGGGUCCCUCCCUCCUCCCUGAUCUUCCAGACAUACAUACGUGUGACUGUUUGUUGAUUUCUCCACCAGGUACUGCCACAUCAAGACCCGCCUGGAGGGCGCUGGCGCCUCAUCUCUCGAGACCCAACCGGUAGGUAGGAAACCAGCCAACCAACCACACAUCGCACUGCGGGGUUUGUGUGUGAUGGUGUGUGCUCAUGUAUAAUGCCUGCCUGUCGACCAGCUCAAGUUCUUCAGUUUCUACAAGCACUUGGAGGGGUCCUACUCCCGGCUGCGCGGAUGGCGCGACAAGAGCCCAUGGAGAUGGUCCGUACGCAAACGGGCAGGCAGGGAGGGAAGUGUCAUGCACCUGCAGUCACUGCACACACAAUCAAACAAUCAAGGAACCACACACACACAGCCAGCCAGCCCGACACAGAGAGAGAUGCCAUGCCUUUCUCCAUGGCAUGGAUGGGACGCCCGAUGUGUCUGCUCUGUCUGUCUGUGUGGUUGUCACAUGUUUGGUCACUCCACUCCCUCCGUCGUGCAGGCUGGAGUCGUUUCACGGCUUUUGCGACGAUCUGUGUGCCAGGACCAGCGACACCCGGCAGUGUUUGCGCGAUCUCGAGUCGCUGCGCAAGGACGUCAUCGCCAGGACGGAAUCCUUGCACAAUGCAUGCGAUGCCCUGCUGCAGCAAGAAACACAUGCUAAGGUAGGUAGGUGGGUAAGAAAGGAAGGAAGGAAGGAAGGAAGGGAGGGAGAUAGAAGAGGGGGAGGGGGAGGGAGAGCCAGCAAGUGGGUGGACUGGACUGGACGAGACCAAGCAAGGGAGGGAGGGAGGGAGGGAAGCAGAGAUGGAAGCCGGGCACAGGCCAGCCACCCACCCACCCCACCCACAUCGAGAGUAGAGUGUGUGUCCACGUGGAUGCAUAUGUGUCUCUGUGUGUGUGUGUGUCAGUGCGUGUCUGAGGCCAUCAAAGUGCGGCUGGACCACUUUGACUGUGUGGAGCAGAUCAGUUGCUUCUUUGACCUGCACCGCCCCGACGACGUGAGGGACCACCUGGCCGCCGGCCGGAGGCCAUCUCACGGUGGUGGUUCAGGGGACACUCUACCCCCACCCCCACCACACACAGCCGUGGAACUGUCCCCACUUGUGUCAACUAGUGCCGAGGGUCCUGCUGCUGACCCCACACCGCAACCCCAGUCCCACCCCCAUGGUGGUCCUGGCAGUGGGCACUACGGUGUGGGUCUGAGCAACCCGGCCUUCCACCCGUCCUUCACCACCAUGCUGGACCGCCUCGACGAUGCUGCACUCUUCCUCGAACAGAGGGGAUACGACUACCUAGAGGUAGGUACACAGCUGGCCAGCCAGCCAACCACCCACCCCAUCAGCCAGCCAGCCAGUCAGCCAGCCGGGCCAGCCAGGCCAGGCAGCUGAACAACUUCCUUGACACGUACGUACACAUCCAUACAUUCACAUACAUACACCUACCUGCACCACACCACCCCCCACCCCACCCUGCCUUACGUACUUACACACACUGCCUGUAUCCAUGCCAGCCACGCCAUUCAUUCCAUGCACACAUACAUAUGUCUUUGCUGCCUGCCUGCCACUGUGUGCUGUGCUGUGCCCUGCCCCACCCAUGUUACAUAUCUUGCUCCUGUCUGGCUGUCCUGUCUGUGUGCCUUACAUUAUUCCAUCCACCGAUCCGUCCGUCCGUCCAUGAAUCCAUCAGGCUCAGCAUUGCUCCCGUCAGCUGGACCACUUGAGGUCCCGUGCCUGCACCUUGAUACGCUCCGCUGUCGUGGGGGCUGUCGACAAGUGCGUGGCACAGGUAUGUGUAGCGAGAAGCAACCGAGGCGAGGCAAGGCCUGCCUACUUACUGUACUUACCGUACAUACACACAGCGUGCAGUGAAUGCCACAACACCACACAACACCACACAAGACAACGCACAAACAAACACACCACCAGACUGACUGACUAUCUUUUGUGUGUGUGUCCAGGUGGAGAAUCAGCUCAAGAGUGCUGCAUCCGAGCGCAAACAAAUUGAGACGUCGGUCUUCUACGUGCGCUUCAGGUAAAUAAAUGGGUGACUGAGUGAGUACUAACUACUCCACACAAUCAAUGACGGGCAGGGCAGGGGGCUGGAUGUGAUGUUGGUUGGAGUGAGUGAGUAUUGUACAAAUACAUACAAACAUCCGGCCCCUCUCUUAAUGUGCGUGUGUGUGUGUGUGUGUGUGGUCAGGGCGACGGCCAGCAAUGUGAGGCAUCUGACGGCGCUGUUGUGCAAGCGGUCCAAUGCUGCCGUUCACGAGACAUACACGGCGUACGUACGGGAGGGAGGGAUGGAUGAGGCACACACGACGUACGCACGCUGACAAUAUCUGCCCACCUCCAUGCACUUGCACAACACAGCACAUUGAGAGGGGGCAGGGGAGGCCAGCCACGGAGGUGGUGACACACCGACAGGCAGACAGACAGACAGACAGCUAGACGGACAAUGUGGUGUGCGUGGGCGUACCGGUCGUCGUCGGUAUUUGCGUCAUCCAUCCAUCCAUCAUCAGGUGUCUGGACGGGAUCGAAAAGUCCUACGCGGCAACACGAAUUCGCCUCAUUACAGACCCCCUCCGCAGACACAUACAGGUAACCUGUGUGGGUAGAUUAGAUACAUACGUACACACCUGCACACUCACACACACACGUGCACUGCAUUUGUGCGGUGUUUGUUGGUUCAGUCGAUAUUGAGUCAGUCAUUGCCUCGUUCGUUGGCCCCAGCGUUGCGUCAGAUCACAUCCUACGUCGUGUCGAUCGGCCAGCUCGAAUACACAACUUUCGAGGCCUUCUUCGAAAUCAGACAGCCGCAGGUAAGUAGCUAGCUGAGCAUCCGCGCCCCUCCGGUUGCCUGUCAAGUUUCUGUGCUGUCUGUGUGUGUGUGUGUCGGUCUGUGCGUCGACUGGUGGGCGCGAGCAGGACAGUUUGCGUGAGUUGUUGGAGAGCAUAGGAGGGCUGUACUAUGACCUGCUACGGCCAUCCAUCCUCGCAUGUGACGCGAUCGACGAACUCAGGUGGGGGAGCGGAGGGGAGGGGGCCCAACCAACGAACGCACCCGCUCACUUCCUUCCUCGUGUGUGCCUAUCUAUCGUUUGUUCGCUCUCUCUCUCGUGUGCCCUCCUCCCUCCUCCCUCUCCCUCCCUCCCUGUCAUCCUUUUAUCCAUCCAUCGAUUGGUAUGUAUGUGUUACACACUAUUUAUGAGUGUGUGUCCUGCAGGGAGGUAGCCGAGAGUCUGUCGAUGGACGUGUUGGAGCCCCACAGUCAGUCCCGCAGGGGCGCUGAGCUGGCACCCCUCCUCUCUACCGUCUGCAGACUACACCUGGUCAGUCAGGCAGUCAGUCAGUCGGGCCCUACGCCUUCCUCCACAUAGAUGCUCGAAUCAUUACUGACUCAUUCACUGGAGCUCACACGCACUUACUUGGUCGAUCUUCCUCCCUCCCUCCCUCCCUGUCUGUCUGUCUGUCUGUGUGGCUGUGUGUCUGUGUGGCUGCACACACAUAGGACGUGCAAGAGCGGCUGAUAUUCAGGAUGGAGACGUACGUCCGUGACGAGAUCGCUGGAUUUGUGCCAUCGGACCAAGACCUCGACUACCCCAACAGGUAGGCCAGUCAAUUCCUUAUUCACUUGCACGGGCGGGCGGGCGGGCGGGAUGGCCAGCCGGCCGGCUGAAUGCAGUGAGUGCACUCACUCAGCCGUGUCUGUCGUCGGUACCUACUUCAGGCUCCUGCGUGAAGCUGCAAGUGCAGCAGGGGACGACACCUUGUCUGAUUCGGCAGCUGCACCAGCUGCCCUUGCAGAACCGGCCAUCACGCACAGAGGUGGGUGGGGGCGGGUGGGCGGGUGGGGGUGGUUUGGGACAGGGACACCCAUGCCAUUCAUGCGGAUGCACCUUUGUGUAUGUAUGUGGGCCGAGCGGACCUGUCUCUCUGUCUGUCUGUCUGUCAGGUGUCAGUGGCCCGGGUCGGCCGACGUCCGGUUGGUAUCCGACUCUGGAGAGGACUCUGAUGUGUUUGUCCAAGAUAUACCGCAUCCUCGAAGCACCAACCUUCCAGGAGAUCGCCCAGGAGGCCGUCGGCGUAUGCCUCGGGUCCUUGCUGCACGCAUACAAAGAGAUACUUGACAAAAAGGUGGGUGGGCCUGGUCGCCACGCCGCGAGGGAGGGACAAACCCAACGCUACGCAAAAUGGAGGGAAUACAGUCAGCCCAGUGCCUGCCUAUGGAAUCGCUAUUUCUUUGUUUGUGUGCAGGGCGGCCUUGACUCGCUGCUGUUCCUCAUCAAACAGCUGCUGAUUCUCAGGUUAGCCAGCCUGGUGACGCCAGCCAGCCCGCUGGGGGAGGGAGGGAUAUGCUAUGCUGAUCUGAUCAUAGAUAGAUAGAUAUAUUCAUUGUGUGUGGAUGCAUCCAAUGCACCUAUGUAUCUAUGCGCAUCUAUGUGUGUCUUGUUGUGUGUGUGUGUGUGUGUGUGUGUCGGAUCUGCCUUCCUGCAGGGAGCAGGUGUCAGCGUUUGAGGUGGAUUUGGUCCACCAGGAGCGUACGUUUGACUUUGCCAACGUGACCAACCAGCUGCUGGACCUCGUGUCGGUCCGCAAGUGGAUGAGCUUACACGCCACUUUCUCCCUCGACUCCAUCAACAAAUACAUCGGCAACCCCGUCUCCCUACUCAAGGCACUCACUCCACAGCUCCAGGUAAGUACGUAGGGAGGGAGGUAUGUCAGACAGAUAGACAGUCAGUCAGUGGGGAAGGAAGGAUCAAGGGGACCUAGGGCAGGGCAGCUGCUCUCAUCCGUCCGUUUCUCGCUUGUCGUGUGGAUGUGAACCCCUGGUUUUUCUCUGUCAUGCUGUGCUGUGCUUUGCUGCAGGAGAAUCGCACCGACACGAAGCGUGCGAUGGAGGGCGAGCUGAAGCAUGCGUGUGAGGCUCUGGUCGCUCACUGCUCUGCCAUCAGUAAGCAAGCCAAAGAGACAAGACAGACAGACAGCUCUGUGGGUGCAUACGACAUAUGUCGGUCGGUGUGCCUAUUUGUUACUGCGCUGCGCUGGUGUGGCUGGCCCUCACUGCUUGAUUUAGUUGUGUUGCCGCUGGUCAAGAUCAUCUCCCAAGUGACGCCAGCCGACCAGCUCACCGGACAAAGUAAGGCAAGGCGGGAGGGAGCACAUUCGCUGCCCUCCUUCCUUGCUCCCUCCAUCCCUCCCUCCCUGGCUCCCUGGCUGCCUGGCUGUUUGGUCCGUCGGUCGAACUGUGUCAUGUCUCGGUGUUUGGUUGGGUGGCUCAUUGAUUCAUUCAGGUGCCAGUAGUUCCAGUUCUUCAAGGCGAGACCAGCCCUUCGCCAGCAAAGGUACACACGCGAGCCGUCAGUGAGUGAGGGAGUGACGGGUUUGUGUUGUCAUUCAUCCCGCCUGUCUGUCUGUCUGCCUGGCUGGCUGGGUGGCUGGCUGGGUGUGUGUGUGUGCAUUGAUUGCAUUGCGUUGGUGUGGUGCGAAUGGAAUGCAGACAAGUUGCAGUGUGCGGUAGAGGAGUAUUUGUCCAACAUCGAGAAUGAGAUCCCCAAGAUCAUCACGUCGCUGCACAUCUACCUGGGCAGCGGCGCCCCACCAUACAUGGACGACGGCCGAUCCAGUGUGGCAGGCGGAUCAGACAUCGGCACCGGUGGUGGUGCUGCCACUGCACGCACCGACGACACUGGUGGGGUGGCACCCCACAGCACAGUGCUGAUUCUGCUCAAGCCCAUCCAGCUGGCCAUUGUCGAGAGCGCGCGUCAGUUCGACCACGUGCUGCGGCGGGACUUGCAGCUGUCCGACCAGGAGGUCGACGACAUCAAAUGGCUACCGCCCCACGAGAUCGAGGCCAAGGUCCUAGCCACCACCGCCACUUGACCAACCCUACCUACCCACCCGUCGAAUCGAAUCAAUCAAGUCGAUGGAUCCCUUCAUUGUUCUGUACAGAAAUGGAUGGGAUGGUGUUACUCACUAGCUACGAACGGCUUGGUGUGAGUAGACUGGAGUGCCUGCCUGCCUGCCUGCCGUCCACGGAUGGAUGGGCGGAUGCAUGGAUGUCAAUUCAUCGUAGAUAGAUGGUCCUCCCUGGUGUCGGACAGGACAGCACACAUUACAUUACAUGAAGCAAGCCAUUUGAGUGCAUGAACGAGCGAUGAACGAAUCAUGUCAGUCUCAUAGUGGGACGCGGGAAACGGAGCAUCUACCCAUCGAUCCAUCUGUCUGUCUGUGCACGUGUGUGAGAGAGCUG